UAGAUUUUUGUCUCUCUUCACUCUCUCAGUCACAGCAGCACCGAGAUUCCAAGUCCUUGGCCUCUGCGCUCUCUUCACUCUCUGUCUUAAUAGAGGAAUAGAGUAGAGAAAACCCGAAGCAAAGCCACAGAAGAAAACGAAGACAAUGUCGUGGAGAGGAAAGAGAAAGGACGAGGAGGAUCACGUGUCGGACGGUGACUCUGAGGGCCACGCGCCCCCCAAGAAGACCUGCAAGAGAGACCCCACCGAUGACAACUCUGACGAAAUCAUUGCCUGCGAGAUCUCCAAGAAUAGGAGGGUAACUGUGAGGAACUGGAAUGGAAAGAUUAUGGUCGACAUUCGUGAGUUCUAUGUUAAGGAUGGCAAGCAAAUGCCUGGGAAAAAAGGAAUCUCACUAACGAAGGAUCAGUGGGAUGUGCUUCAUAAUCAUGUGGAAGAAAUUGACAAGGCUGUUAAUGGAACCUCUUAGUGAAAAGCUUUGCUUUUAUUUUAAUAGAACAUAUGUUAGCGUGCAGGCUGUCAAAUCAGGUGCUGAUGUUUUUGUAUCUACCUAGAAGGGAUUACUGUAUUUUUAGGUUACUUGACUUUAUGACUGGAAAUUUGGAAUUAAACCUCUCAGCAAUGUAUGUAAUUACUUGAUUAACUAUAUCAAGGAAUAGGUUUUUUUUUGGGGUCAGAUAUCAAGGAAUAGUUUGUCUCUGGUUUGAUGCGUAUACAGAUAUCGCUUCUGUCUAAAGAAGACGUCCAUUUGGUGUU